AUGCCUCGUCGGCCGCCCAUUUACUCGGAUUUCUACUACAAUCCUCUGACAGAAGAUGUGGAGGAACUGCUGGCUCGUUUCCAGCAGACUGAAUCAGUGAGAUACACUGUGUUUUCUGCUAUUUGGAGGGAGAUGGGCUUCUCAGAUGUCUUCAUAGGGAUUUCACAUGUGGGUGAGAUGAAGAGAUUCUGCAGGAUAGCAAUGGCCACGGCCAUGAAGUACUUCCUGCCGCCAUACAGCUACCAAAUUAGAGUAGGAGGCUUGUAUUUGAUGUUUGGUUUUUACAACACACAACUUGCCAUUUCACCUGUGAAGAUUAGACUCGCUCUGAAGGACUGGAAUCAAGUUCAGAAGUUUAUAAAAGAUUCUGUGCAAGCCGGGCAUCACGAUGUGCUUUAUAUCUAUCAUAAGCUUGUUGCAACCAAAGCCAUGGACUACACCGCCAUGCCACAUUUCCUCACCUUCCAAAAGCAGAGGAAACCCAAGAAGGAAUCUGUGUGCGCAGAGUUUCUGGGGAGGACUACAGCUGUGCAGGAUCUCAUCUCUUCAAACAUCCUGGAGGAGGUGACCAAUAUGCAGAGCCAGUACGAGAAGCUGAAGGAGGCCACGGUGGAGGUCAGCUGCAAGGUCACCAUGACCCACCGAGACUUUGUCUCCCGCAUGAAAGGCUGCAUGUCAGAGUUCAUUACGUGGCAGCAGAGGGCUUUCUCACAAGAUAACAAAGACAAGAACGCUGGAGACGAUGAGGAGAAGCCGGCUGAAGAUCAGCACAGCAGCAGCACCAGGGCCAGGCUUCUGUCCUCCAUCAAGGACAAGAGCUACAGCAGCUUCCAAGAGGCGUCCAAGUCCCGGAGGCACCGCAAGGCUGAGACGGUGGACGCGACCAGCUCGGGAGCAGAGCUGGUCCAGGAGACUGCGACUGUUCGGAAAAAGAAGAGGCCUCCAUCACUGAGAGCCCGGACCUGGAAGAGCCUCAGGGUGACGCAGGAGAAGAGCAAGCUCCAGGCCUGGCUCCUGAGUGUUCCUGAGAAGCAGGACAGGGUCCCUGUGAAGAGGGACAACCAGGUAGCACCCUUCAGACCAUGA